CCACCUCCUCCCGUCCACUAUCACUUCCACUGACACAAUUCUUCUUCCCGUCUCCUAUCUUUCUCUUUUUCUUUUCUUUCGCUUUACCUCAUUCCUUGCUUGGAUACUCCAACCCCAAUGCCACAACUCUUUACCCCGUAAAAAGUUGAGAUCGGCGACAAGAAAAAAGCAAAAGAAGCUAAUCUUCCGCCAAAAAGCAGAAAAAGGAUCGCCGAGUAGCCUUCUGAUCGAUCGAAGGAACCGAUCCAAUACAUAUAGCGAGAAUGCCCGCCGUCUCGCCCUUGAUCUCUUUCUCUUGGAACCAGAAGAAACCCAAGGAGCAAGAGGAAGAAGAAAGGGAAAAGGUAAAGGGCGUACGGAGAUGGCGAGCAUCGGCAAGCAGCCUGCAACAGGCGGAGGGGAGACCUCCGGCGGGCCUAAGAUGGGGAGGACGUUAUCGAGGAAGAUGACACGGAUACAGACCACGCAUGACGUGCAGCAGGAGGAGGAUGCGCCCGCCCCACCGGCCCCAGCCGACAGUGAGCUCGUCCCCGCUUCACUCGCUUCGAUCGUUCCCAUCCUUCGCGUGGCCAACGAGAUCGAGCAGGAUAAUCCUCGAGUCGCCUAUCUCUGUCGUUUUCAUGCAUUUGAGAAGGCCCAUAAUCUGGAUCCUACAUCAAGCAUGCGUGGUGUUCGUCAAUUCAAAACAUACCUCUUACGCAGGCUAGAAAGGGAUGAAGCUGAAACAAGGCCACAACUCGCUAGAAAUGAUCCAAAAGAAAUACAAAAGUACUAUCAGCGUUACUAUGAAACUUACAUCAAGGAAGGUGCUGCUAAAAUAAAACCUGCUGAUAUGGCUAAACAUUAUCAAAUUUUAUCUGUGCUACAUGAUGUUCUGAAGACUGUGGUACCUCCUGAGAGAGUAGAAGAUGAGAUAAAGAGGUAUGCCAAAGAAGUCGAGAGAAAAAAAGGUCACUUUGCACAGUUCAACAUUCUUCCUCUUCAUGUUUCUGGUGCUUCUGAAAUCAUGGAGCUUCCAGAGAUACGAGCUGCAUUGUCUGCAUUGCGUAAAGUGGAUAACCUUCCAAGACCCAGAUUGCAGUCCACAGCAAAUUCACAAAACCUAACUAAUAAUACCUUGGUGCAUAAUGAUGGGGAUCAUUCUAUUCAUGAUUUGCUAGACUGGCUUGGAAUUGUGUUUCGUUUUCAAAAAGGAAAUGUCGCAAAUCAACGAGAACAUUUGGUUCUGUUACUUGCAAAUAUUGACAUAAGGAAAAGAACCCAGGAUGAUUAUGCACUGUUGGAUAGUACAACUGUGAGCAAACUGGCAAAGCAAGUUUUUAAGAAUUAUCGUUCAUGGUGUGACUAUUUGCAUUGCCCUUGUAACAUCAAGCCUUCCAGUUUUGAGGCUUCCGGUAUUGUUCAUGAGGAUGCGCAACAACGGGAACUUCUUUAUAUUGGUUUGUACUUCCUUAUUUGGGGCGAGGCUUCAAAUAUUCGGUUUAUGCCUGAAUGCCUUUGCUACAUAUUCCAUCAUAUGGCGAACGAGCUUGAUGGAAUCUUAAACAGUAAUGUUCAUUCAGUCACUGGUGCUUUCUUUGAACCUAUAUAUCAAGGCGAAGAAGAAUCAUUUCUGCAGAAUAUUGUGACUCCAAUCUAUAAGGUUUUGGUAAAGGAAGUACAAAGGAGCAGACAUGGUAGUGUCAGCCAUUCAAGAUGGCGAAACUACGAUGAUCUGAAUGAAUAUUUUUGGUCAAAGGAGUGUUUUCAUGAUUUAGGUUGGCCAAUUAAUCCCCAAGCACAUUUUUUUAUGCAUCCAAAGGCCACAAAAUCUGAGCAGCAUGACCAAAAUAUUACUGGAAGAAGAAGGCUCAAAACAAAUUUUGUUGAAGUUCGUACAUUUUGGCAUUUAUUUAGAAGUUUUGAACGUAUGUGGACAUUCUUCAUACUGGCUUUCCAGGCCAUGCUCAUCAUUGCAUGGAGUCCCUCAGGAUCACUCACUGCAUUCUUCGACCCAGAUGUCUUUAGAAGGGUAUUGAGUAUUUUCAUAACUGCAGCAUUCCUAAAUUUUUUCCAAGCUACUCUGGAUAUCAUUCUUAGCUGGAAGGCAUGGGGAAGCAAGCAAUACACGCAAAUACUUAGAUAUCUAUUGAAAUUUGCAGUAGCAACUGCAUGGAUAAUAAUUCUCUCAGCAAGCUACUCUGGCUCAAUUGAAAAUCCUACAGGUCUUAUCAAACUCUUCAGCAAUUGGGCUGGGAAUUGGAGAAAUCAGUCACUUUAUACUUAUGCCAUCAUCAUCUACAUGUUACCAAAUAUUUUUUCUGCUUUGUUGUUCUUGCUUCCACCAUUGCGGAGAAGUGUUGAACUCUCUAAUUCGCGUGUUUUUAUUUUGCUCAUGUGGUGGGCGCAGCCCAAGUUAUAUGUAGGAAGAGGCAUGCACGAGGACAUGCUUUCACUUCUCAAAUAUACUCUUUUCUGGAUUCUAUUGCUGAUCAGCAAACUUGCAUUUAGUUACUAUGUUGAGAUAUACCCCUUGGUUGAACCAACAAAAAUGAUAAUGGCUAUAGGAGCUCCAAACUAUGCAUGGCAUGAAUUCUUCCCUUACUUGCAACAUAACAUUGGCGUUGUAAUAACUAUUUGGGCACCAAUUGUUUUGGUUUAUUUCAUGGACACCCAAAUAUGGUAUGCUAUUUUCUCGACUAUUUUUGGAGGUAUUCAUGGGGCAUUCAGCCACCUAGGUGAAAUCCGAACACUGGGGAUGCUAAGGUCUAGAUUUGAAACAGUACCAUCAGUUUUCACUGAAAACCUGAUGCCAACACCAAAUGAAAAGAAUAGCAAGGACCAGAUGGAGAGGAUGAACAUAGCCAAGUUUUCUCACAUAUGGAAUGAAUUCAUCAGCUCUUUAAGGGAGGAAGAUUUGAUCAGUAAUAGGGAGAGGGAUCUUUUGCUUGUGCCUUAUUCUUUCGGAGGUAUAUCUGUUGUACAGUGGCCUCCAUUUCUUCUUGCAAGUAAGAUUCCUAUUGCCCUUGAUAUGGCGAAAGAUUUCAAGAAAAAGGAUGACAAAGAAUUAAUAAACAAGAUAAAACAUGAUAAACACAUGAUUUCGGCUGUGAUAGAAUGCUAUGAAACAUUAAGAGAUAUUCUUAAGGAACUGUUGAUUGAUGAACACGAAAAGCGAUUUAUAGACAAUAUCUGUAAAGCCGUGGAGUUGUCAAUUACUACUGAGCAUAAUUUUCUGGUUAAGUUCCGUAUGAGUGAACUCCCCUUGCUGAGCGCCAAAUUGGCAAAGCUGCUAAAUCUUUUGAAAGGUGAUAAUGAAGAUGUUGAAUCAUAUGAAUCACAGAUCGUCACUGUAUUGCAAGAUAUUAUGGAGAUUAUUACACAAGAUGUGAUGACUAGUGGACAUGGGACUUCAUCCGUGGAAAACAGACCCAAAUUCUCAAACUUAAACCUAAAUCUAAUGGAAGAUGCAUCAUGGAAGGAAAAGGUGGAUAGACUCCAUUUGCUAUUAACAAUCAAGGAAUCUGCAAUAGAUGUGCCUAUAAAUUUGGAUGCUCGACGCCGCAUCACCUUUUUUGCUAACUCCUUGUUUAUGGAUUUGCCACCAACUCCAAAAGUUCGUAACAUGCUCUCUUUCAGUGUCUUGACACCUUAUUAUAAAGAAGAUGUACUUUACUCUGAGGAGGAGCUUAAAAAGGAAAAUGAGGAUGGAAUAUCUACACUGUUUUACUUACAGAAGAUAUAUCCAGAUGAGUGGAAGAACUUCCUUGAGCGAGUAAAGUUUGACAAUAGUGAUAACAUGGAUGAAUUGCGUCAUUGGGUGUCUUAUAGAGGCCAAACACUUGCUAGAACAGUGAGAGGAAUGAUGUAUUACAGACGUGCUCUUAGGCUUCAGUGCUUCCUGGAUACUGCAAAGGAUCGUGAUAUCUUGGGUGGCUUCAGGACUUACUCACCAGAUGAGAAUAAUCAGGACCAUAUACUAGCACGUGCACUGGCUAUUGCUGAUAUGAAAUUUACUUAUGUUGUUUCAUGCCAGGUCUAUGGACUACAGAAAAAAUCUACUGAAGCUAGGGACAGAAGUUGCUACACUAAUAUACUCAACCUCAUGUUGAACCACCAUUCACUACGUGUUGCUUACAUAGACGAAGCUGAAGAAACUGUGGACAACAAAACUCAGAAAUGCUAUUAUUCUGUUCUUGUUAAAGGCGGUGAUAAAUUUGAUGAGGAAAUUUACCGUAUCAAACUCCCUGGUAAGCCAACAGAUAUUGGUGAAGGGAAACCAGAGAACCAGAAUCAUGCAAUAAUUUUCACUCGAGGAGAAGCACUUCAGACCAUUGAUAUGAAUCAGGAUAAUUAUCUUGAAGAAGCAUUCAAGAUCAGAAAUGUUUUGGGUGAGUUUUUAAGACCCAAGUAUCAGAAACAUCCACCCACAAUACUGGGUCUACGAGAGCAUAUUUUCACUGGAAGUGUUUCUUCACUUGCUUGGUUCAUGUCCAACCAAGAGACGAGCUUUGUGACUAUCGGCCAAAGGAUUCUGGCAAACCCUCUCAAGGUUCGUUUCCAUUAUGGCCAUCCAGAUAUUUUUGAUAGAAUUUUUCACCUUACUAGAGGUGGCAUAAGUAAAGCUUCAAAAAUCAUAAAUUUGAGUGAAGAUAUUUUUUCAGGAUUUAACUCAACUUUACGUGGAGGAAAUGUUACACAUCAUGAAUAUAUGCAAGUAGGUAAAGGGCGUGAUGUUGGACUGAAUCAAAUUUCCAUUUUUGAGGCAAAAGUCUCUAAGGGAAAUGGGGAACAAACAUUGAGCCGUGAUGUUUAUCGCUUGGGCCGUAGAUUUGACUUCUAUAGGAUGUUGUCCUUCUACUUCACCACUGUGGGCUUCUAUUUUAGCAGCAUGAUAACUGUUCUUACCGUCUAUGUCUUCCUAUAUGGGCGGUUAUACUUAGUCAUGAGUGGACUGGAAAAGUCAAUUCUGGAGGAUCCGCGCAUUCAGCAAAACAACAAGCCCCUUGAAAAUGCUCUUGCUUCACAGUCAGUCUUUCAGCUGGGCUUAUUGCUUGUUCUUCCUAUGGUAAUGGAAGUUGGUUUGGAAAAGGGAUUUCGGACGGCUAUUGGUGAAUUUAUAAUAAUGCAACUGCAAUUGGCUUCUGUUUUCUUUACAUUCCAGCUUGGUACUAAAGCCCAUUAUUUUGGAAGGACAAUACUGCAUGGAGGUGCAAAAUAUAGUGCCACUGGUCGUGGUUUUGUGGUAUUUCAUGCUAAGUUUGCUGACAAUUACCGUAUGUACUCACGCAGCCACUUUGUGAAAGGAUUGGAACUAAUGAUUCUCUUGGUUGUAUAUGAAGUAUAUGGGCAUUCAUACCGAAGUUCAUCUUUAUACCUGUUUGUCACAAUGUCUAUGUGGUUCUUGGUUGUGUCAUGGUUGUUUGCUCCUUUUAUAUUCAAUCCGUCUGGAUUUGAGUGGCAGAAAACCGUUGAUGAUUGGACAGACUGGAAGAAAUGGAUGGGAAACCGUGGGGGAAUUGGGAUUGCAGUGGAUAGGAGUUGGGAAUCCUGGUGGGAAACUGAACACGAACACUUAAAGAGCACAAGUAUCCGUGGUCGAAUGCUAGAGAUUAUCUUGGCUCUACGUUUCUUGAUCUUCCAGUAUGGAAUUGUUUAUCACCUGAACAUAGCUCAUAACAGCAGAAGUGUUCUGGUCUAUGGACUGUCGUGGCUGGUGAUGUUGACUGUAUUGUUAGUUCUUAAGAUGGUUUCAAUGGGGAGACGUGGUUUUGGUACUGAUUUCCAACUCAUGUUCCGCAUCCUCAAGGGUCUUCUCUUCCUUGGCUUUGUAUCCGUCAUGACAGUCUUGUUCGUCGUCUGUAACUUGACACUAUCAGAUGUCUUUGCUGCACUGCUGGGCUUCAUGCCCACUGGCUGGUCUAUUCUUCUGAUUGGACAAGCAUGCAGACCUCUUGUGAGAAGGCUAGGAUUCUGGGACUCAAUCAAGGAGCUGGGAAGAGCAUACGAGUAUAUAAUGGGAAUGGUAAUAUUUGUGCCAAUUGUUGUCCUUUCUUGGUUCCCCUUUGUUUCAGAAUUCCAGACGCGUUUACUCUUCAACCAGGCAUUUAGUCGAGGUUUGCAGAUUUCCAUGAUUCUUGCUGGUAGGAAGGAUAGUAACAUGUAUGGCAGCUAAAGCAUUUUAGAUUUCUCGUGUUCAUGUCCCCCCCACCAUACAAGUUUAUUUUUCCUCCCCUUUUUUGUGAAUUUUAGUAGUACAGCUUAUAGUUACAUCUGUUGUUGAAUUAGUGUGUGCGGACUAAACUAGAUUUUGCAAAUUAAAUUGAAAGUACUGAUGUUAGGUGAGUUUCCUUAUUUUCUGUGUUGGGGAUAUGCAUUUGGAUACACACGACUAUAUGAAAGAAUUGGAUCAUUUACUCUUUAAA